CGCCAGAGCCGCGCCGGAGCGGAGCGGCGAGGAUGGCGGAGGUGGUAGCCUUUGCGGUUCCCACUGAGAGUGACAAAACCCUGCUGGUGUGGGAGCUGAGCUGCGGCCCCACGGCCGAGGACUUACAACGCUCUCUCUUCGCAGCGUUCUCCCGGUUCGGCCUUCUGUAUUCAGUCCGGGUCUUCCCAAACGCCGCCGUGGCCGGCCCUGGUUUCUAUGCCAUCAUCAAGUUCUAUUCCGCGAGGGACGCGCGCAGAGCCCAGGCGGCCUGUGACCGGAAGCUGCUUUUCCAGGAGACUCCAGUGAAGGUUCGUCUUGGCACCAGACAUAAGGCAGUUCAACAUCAGGCCCUCGCCCUAAAUGGCUCCCGAUGCCAAGAGCUGGCAAACUACUAUUUGGGUUUCAAUGGAUGGUCAAAAAGGAUCAUCAAGCUUCAGGAGCUCUCCGACCUUGAAGAGAGGGAGAAUGAAGAGACCGAGCGGCGACUUGCGAAGCGGAGCCUGAAGGUCUUCUGUGCCUUGGAGGUGGUGCUGCCAUCCUGCGAGUGCACGAGUCGUGGAGUGGGUGUGGCCGAGGAGCCUCUGGAUACACUGGAGGAGGAAGGACCACUGUUGUUCCUUAUGAAGAAGAAGACAGCCCAGAACCUUGCCAUUCAGAAGGCUUUGUCAGAUGCGUUCCAGAAACUGUCGAUUGUGGUUUUAGAUAAAUAAACUCUGCUGAGGAGAGAAUUUAUUAGAUUCUGUUUUCUGAAUCAAGAAUUCAGUUUCAGUCUUCAUUUCUGACCUGGACACUGGGCAAGUAUAGUUCUUCUAAUCGGCUGCUUUCAUGUGAGCCUUGGACGUGGUCCUGCUGUUGAAUGCCAUUGACUGCGAUCCCUGUUGGGUUCUCCUGUGGUGUGCAUGUUAUAGGCUGUACCCCGUAGAAACUUGAUAUUUUCGCAGAGUCCCUGGGUAGGAUUGCUCUCAUGCUUCAGAGACCUGAGGCUUAGAGAUUCAGAAAUCCUUGCUAAGUUAUCAGAGAUUGUCCCCCUUCCUCUCUUCCUCUGCAUCUCUUAAGUCCCAAGUUAUCAGAGGUGGCCCUGAUUGGCCUCAACCUCCAAUCAGGACAGCCCUUCCAGAAGUCUGGCCUCCCUGUCAUCAGGGAGAAUUCCCAUCCCUGUAACAACCUUUAAGAACCAAACCGAGGUGACAGUGGCAGCAGCGGUCAUAUUUGAGGCCUGGGACGGUGAAGGGUUUUACCUAGAGGGCUCUGUGCCUCCACUGGCACUGCUCCCCGCUCCUCCUGCCUGGCAGUGGCCUUCGUGAGUGUGACCACCUGCUCCGCACUGGUGCUGCCGCUCAUCGCCACACUCAUCUUCUUGGCCUUCCGGCACAUGACCACAUGUGGCGAGCUGAAGACUGCAAGAAUCCUGCAGAGCAGUGCACACCCUGAACCCUCUUCUGCUUCCAGAGCAGCUCAUGGAGCUUUGCUUCUGUGUCGUGCUGCUUUGUGCAACAGAGUGGCCUGCGCUGUUGGUGUCUGCAUGCCCCUCUUGGCGUACCACAUCUGGAGGUGUACGAGCAGAGCAGUGAUGAGUGGGCCAGGACUCUGUGGCCCCACAGCCAUCACAAAUGCGAUACUCCAACAUUGUCAGAAAGGAUGGUGCACAUUAGGUUUUUAUAGCAUUUUUUAAACUACCUGAACAGCGUGAGCUACGCUUUGGUGAGCUCUUAGAGUAACACACAGAAAAAUUGGCCCAGUUAAGUGCAUGCAAAAGGCCAUGCAAUAAACCACAUGAAGGGAUUCCUUCCAGCGGGAGUAGGCUACAGAAGCUGAUCAUUCACUUUAACAAACGACUCCUUGUUUUUUAAAUAGUUCCAUGUUUUUGCUUCUGGAAAGGCUGUUUUCAAAUGUGACACUCAGAUGAAGAAUUUAAAUGGAAUUACAUAUGAAAUAAUACAACAUUACCCCUGGUGCUGACAGGUUUGAACUUGGACUCUAAGGGACAGCCAUAAUCUGAAUGAUUGCAUCGAUUACUGACUGGCCUUAGUCCACUGGGAGCUUUUCUUCAUAGGAACUUUAUUGAAAUGCCUUCUAAUUAUAAAUUAGCUGUUGCUUCUGAUUAACAAAGUGUACAUCUGGGGCCCAGCAGGUUAAGCCACCACUUGUGACUCCAGCAUACUGGGAGUGCCAGCUCGAGUCCCUGCUGCUGCUUCCUAUCCAGCCUCCUGUCAGUACACCUGGGAAAGCAGUGGAUGUCGCAAGUGCUUGGGCCCCUGCCACAUAUAUGGGAGAACCAGAUGGAGUACAAGUUCGUGGCUUCAGCCAUCCUGCAGUGCCUUUAGUGCAGUACAACAAAAGUCUGAAAUUAAGACUUAUUUUCAGUACAUGCUUUUAAAGAUUACAGAUAGCCAUUUCUUAAACUUACUGUCAUUAGAACAAAACAAAACAAAGGUCUAGGUUGUUUACCUCUCCUAAUAGGCUGUGGUAUGCCUUGAAUAUACUAUACACUCAGCACUCCUUAAAGCAAAAGGCUUAUGGCUCUCAAUUGCUUUUUUUUUUUUUUUUUUAAGAGUUAUUUAUUAUUUAUUCAAAAUGCAGAGUUAGAGGCAGAGGCAGAGAGAGUGAGAGAGAAGUCCUCUGGUUCACUCCCCAAAUGGCGGCAACAGCCACAGCUGUACUAAUCCAAAGCCAGGACCUUCUUCUGGGUCUCCCCCGUGGGUGUAGGGGCCAAAGGACUUGGGCCAUCUUCCACUGCUUUCCUAGGCCAUAGCAGAGAGCUGGAUUGGAAGUGGAGCAACCGGGACUUGAACUGCACCCAUGUAAUUGCCAGCACUGCAGGUGACAGCUUUACCCACUACACCACAGUGCUGGCCCCUCUAACUUGCUUUCGAGGGGAAUUGUAUUGUCUAUAAAGUAUGUGAACCAGUAUCACCCAAUGAAAUGCUCAAAUGCUCUCCCCAAAGCUUUGCUCCUUGUAUCUGGUGGAAGUUUGCUUCUCAGGGUGUCCACAACUGCCUCUGGCUUGUAAUAUGAAGUGUGUUAGUUCCAGGGCUUCUAUCCCUGAUUUGAAUUCACUUUGACCCCCAUCUAAUACCUGAUUGUUUAAUCAUAUUGUGAUUGAACAUUUUUGUUUCCACGUUUUAAAAUUUCUAUAUAAUUAUUCCUUAGUUUCUACCUCUAAGAUCACAAAGUGCUUUGAGCCGAACAUAAUUGAUACAGCAUGCAUUUCUUAAAAGUUAAGUUAAAAACUGGUGUGGGCCGGCGCCGCAGCUCACUAGGCUAAUCCUCCGCCUUGCGGCGCUGGCACACCGGGUUCUAGUCCCGGUCGGGGCACCGAUCCUGUCCCGGUUGCCCCUCUUCCAGGCCAGCUCUCUGCUGUGGCCAGGGAGUGCAGUGGAGGAUGACCCAAGUGCUUGGGUCCUGCACCCCAUGGGAGACCAGGAGAAGCACCUGGCUCCUGCCAUCGGAUCAGCGCAGUGCGCCGGCCGCAGCGCGCCAACUGCGGCGGCCAUUGGAGGGUGAACCAACGGCAAAGGAAGACAUUUCUCUCUGUCUCUCUCUCUCUCACUGUCCACUCUGCCUGUCAAAAAAAAAAAA